GUCCCUGUUAGCUCCACCAGCUCUGCGCCCGGGCUUCACCUCAGCCCGCUCAGGACCCGCGGCCUCUGUGUCCUUUAGCGUGUAGCGGGAUGACCGGGACGCCGGCACCGCAGGGCACAGCUGGGCACCUUUGGCGCCCUUGGGGUCAGAGGUCACGAGGAAGGUCGCAGAGGGUGCUGGCUUGGGUGCUUGGGACUGAAGUCAGUGGUCCAAAGAAGUGAGCUCGCUAGAGAUUGCAGGUCACGGAAGGGGCACUUUUGAGCUCUGUCCAGCUAAGUUUCAGGCUCUGGGCUCACCCUUGGCAUAUACGAACUCUCUUAAUUCUCAUGACCACCCCACCCCCCCAUUUCACAGAUGCGCUGCCUGACCACACCCUUGCUGCUGCGGGCCCUGGCCCAGGCCCAGGCUGCAUGUGCAGGACAUCCCGGUGGCCGGAGCCUCCACAGCAGUGCAGUGGCAGCCACCUAUAAGUAUGUGAACAUGCAGGAGCCGGUGAUGGACAUGCGGUCAGUGACCGAUGGGGCAGCUCGGACCCUGCUGUGGACCGAGCUCAUCCGAGGCCUGGGCAUGACCCUGAGCUACAUGUUCCGGGAGCCAGCCACCAUCAACUACCCAUUUGAGAAGGGCCCACUGAGCCCGCGCUUCCGCGGGGAGCACGCACUGCGCCGUUACCCAUCUGGGGAGGAGCGCUGCAUCGCCUGCAAGCUGUGCGAGGCCAUCUGCCCUGCCCAGGCCAUCACUAUCGAGGCCGAGCCGAGGGCCGAUGGCAGCCGCAGGACCACCCGCUACGACAUUGACAUGACCAAGUGCAUCUACUGCGGCUUUUGCCAGGAGGCUUGCCCUGUGGAUGCCAUUGUUGAGGGCCCCAACUUUGAGUUCUCCACGGAGACACAUGAGGAGCUUCUGUACAACAAGGAAAAGCUGCUCAACAAUGGGGACAAGUGGGAGGCCGAGAUUGCCGCCAACAUCCAGGCCGACUACCUCUACCGGUGACGCCCCGCCCGCUCAGCUUGGCCCCGCAGCCCCUGCUGCCCAAUAAAAGCUCUGACCCCC